AUGAAAUUCUUCAAAUUCCUCCCUUGCUCAGACACUCUCUUAACUUCCCUGUUCCUGUUCCUUUCCCCACUCACCAAAUUUCACACACCCUCCACAACCCAACCAUUCUCAAGCGACCUCCACGACACAAACUUUUCCCGGAACAAGUUCUAUUUCAGCCCCACAUCCGACAAGCUCAAUCUCUUCGUCUUCUCUAGAACCUGGCCGAUUGGUGCCAAUCCAGGCGGAAUGGAGCGCUACAUCACCAAACUCUACCAUUCCCUCGUCGACAAGGGCCAUGAGAUCCAUUUAUUCACUACAUCCAUAAUGGCAACCUUCACGUUUACUUCGGCGCCAACGACCACAGAUCCGUCAAUUUCUCCCUAA